GGAAGUAAAACAUUUGGCGCCAAAGCUUGAGAACUGACCAGAAGUCCAUAAAGUCAACAAAGAUGGAUGCCGCCCGGAAAAUGAAGUCCAGAGUUUCGACAGACUUCAAAAUGCGGGGACUCAUUCUCCGACCUGAGGCCACCAAGUACCUGAUGGAGGUCCUGGAGUCUGUCAAGCCCGGUGAGCUGGAUGACAUCAUCGAAAGAGUGCUGGAUGCUGUGGAGAAGCAACCAUUGUCUUCUAGCAUGAUCGAGCUAUCGGUGGUGGAAAAUGCCGUGCAGGACUGCUCUCAAUCCUGCGAUGAGGCCGUAAGUAACAUUUUCAACAUCAUCGGAGCGUUCGACGUGCCCAGAUACAUUUACAAUGCGGAGCGCAAGAAGUUUGUCCCCAUCAGUAUGACCAACCAUUCGGCUCCAGGCCUGUGCGGCGUCGCCAGAGACAAGGCGGAACUUUUUCGGGAGCGCUACACAAUCUUACAGCAGCGCACACGUCGACAUGAGCUGUUCACCCCGCCUGUCAUAGGAGCUGCUGUAGUGCAUAAUCAAAACAAAUUUCAGCUAAAGACCAUCGAAGCUUUACUUGGCAGCGCAUCCAAACUGGGGGGUGUGAUCGUACUCGGCAUGAUCACACAACUAAAAGAGGGGAAAUUCUACCUGGAAGAUCCAACCGGAACAGUAGAGCUCAAUAUGUCCAAGGCACAGUUUCAUAACGGCCUUUACACUGAAUGCAGUUUUGUACUGGCUGAGGGCUGGUACGAGGACUCGGUGUUCCACGUCAACGGGUUUGGCACUCCGCCGAUAGAGCCUUCAUCAGCCACAAGGGCUUACUUCGGCAACGUGAACUUCUUCGGCGGUCCGUCCACUACGUCGGUGAAGGCGUCGGCCAAGCUUAAGCAGCUGGAGGAGGAGAACGAGGACGCCAUGUUUGUCAUGGUUUCCGACGUGUGGCUGGACAGCGUGGAAGUGAUGGAAAAGCUCAACCUCAUGUUUUCAGGCUAUGCCGCAAUGCCGCCCACAUGUUUCAUCCUUUGUGGAAACUUCUCUUCUGUCCCGUAUGGAAAAAGUCACAUCAAAUCGCUCAAAGAGUCGCUCAAAUUGCUAGCUGACAACAUAUGCGCACAUCCUAACAUACACAACAGUAGCCGGUUUGUGUUCGUUCCCGGCCCUGAAGAUCCAGGCCCAGGCACCAUCCUGCCACGACCUCCACUGGCUGAUCACAUCACUGAGGAGUUCAGAGAGAGGGUUCCUUUCUCCGUGUUCACCACCAACCCAUGCAGGAUCCAGUACUGCAGCCAGGAGCUCAUCAUCAUCCGGGAAGACUUGGUCAACAAAAUGUGCAGAAACUGCGUGGGCUUGCCCAACAGCAACUUGGACAUUCCCAACCAUUUUGUCCGGACCAUCCUGUCCCAGGCUCACCUGGCCCCGCUGCCUCUCUACGUUACUCCCGUGUUUUGGGCGUACGACUACGCCCUGCGCGUGUACCCCGUCCCCGACGUCGUGGUCUUUGCUGACAAGUGCGACCCCUUCAGCAUCACGCACUCCGACUGCCUUUGCGUCAACCCGGGCUCUUUCCCAAGAAGUGGUUUUACAUUUAAGGUGUACUAUCCAUCCAACAGAACCAUCGAGGACAGCAAACUUCAAGGACUUUAAAAGCGAUAAGGAGAAUGUUUUCUUUUCACUGUACAUGAAAUUAUUAUUUGUUGUAUUUUUAAGUGUGUUCUGUAAUGAAUAAAUGUUAUGGAAUGCAGUUGUUUUCUACUUCUGUCAAU